AUGAGCAACCGCCAGGUGCAGGAGCUGUUGGUGCAGAAGGCAGCAGCGGGCGGCGGCCACGCUCAGGCGCGCAUAGAGGAGCUCACACACGAGCUGCAGGGCGCACGGGAAGAGCUGGGUCGCUGCAGGGAACACCUAAGGCUGUCUGAUGCUGCUAACGAGCAGCUGGCGAGACAAACAAAACAGAUGGAGGCGGAGAUGCAGCUGCUGGCUGCGCAGAACCUCUCCCUGGAGGAGCAAAUCAAGGCGUUGAAAGCUGCCAACAAGGAAAUCGCGCCCACUCCCAUCCCAUCGGCCGCGCGUGCUGCUGCUCCCAGCACCCUCAUUCCCACGCCUCUGGUCACCACCACAAGGGGCGCUCGUGCUGCUACUCCCAGCAGCGGCGGCUUUGGUACCGGCCUGGGGGCAGGCAUCAACAGGAACCUCGAAGAGGCGUUUUCUGGUGCCAAGGGGUCGUCUCUCAGGCAUGUGGGCAAGGAUCAGGAUAGGUUCAGGCAGCAGAGGUUGGAUUUGGACUCGGCUAUCAAAGGGAAGCUGGAGGCUGAGUGGGCUAACAGUGCGCUCAAGGCGAAUCUGAAGCUUCAAGAGCAGGAAGCGAGGGAGCUUGUAGAGAGGAUGCAGACCGAGGAGGGGAGGAGGCGUGAAGCGGAGAGGCUGGCGGAAGAGGCGGAGAGAGAGGUUCGGGAGGCGGCCGCCGCGGCUGCGGCGCUGGCUCGGGAGAAAGCUGCUGUGGAGGAACAGCUGCGUGCGAUUCAGGAACAGGUUCGGGAGCUCCAGGGUAGGGAGGAGCGGAGCGAGGAGGAGAGGAGGGAUUUGGAAGAGGCACUAAGGAGGGAGCGGGAUUUGGGGGAGGAGGCGGCUCAGUUGGCGGAGGCUGAGUGGAAGAAGACUCAAGAGGCGACUGCUAGGAGGAUUGCUGCUGAGAGGAGCCUUCAGAGGACUAUGGAUGAGGCGAAGAAUCUGAGGGGGUUGCUGGAUGACUCGGAAGAGACGAGGGCGAAGUAUGUGAGGCUGAAGCAUGAGCUAAGGGCGGCUCUGCAGAGGCUGGUGCAGGCGGCUGAACAGAAGGUGGAGGAUGAGAAGGCGUUGGAGAGGAUGAGGGAGGAGUUGGGUGCGGUGAGGGCGCAGGUGUUGAGUGCGGUGGAGAGGGCGGAAGAGGCUGAGAGGAGGGUGAGGGAGGGUGGAGUGGUGGGUGCUGUAGGUGAGGUGGUGGAGGGGGGAGUUGGGGGGAGUGUUGAGGGAGAUGAGGUGGCAGGUGGGGAGGGUGAUAAGGUGGAUGAGGGGAGUGAGGUGGUAGGGGCAGAGGAGAGUGUGAGGGAGGGAGAGGAGAGGGCGAGGGAGGGAGAGGAGGUAGAGAGGGUGAGGGAAGAGAAGGAGCAGGCUCAAAGGCUGGUGGAUGAACUUAUGAGGAGGGUCGAGGAAUUGGAGGCGAAGGGGCGGGAGGCUGAGAGGAAAGCGGAAGAGGAUACGCUGAGACUGGAGGAAGCAGCGAGGAAGGUACACGAGGCGCAGAAAGAAGCUGCUUUGGCAGGGGAGAGAUUGAGAGAGAGGCUGGGGGAGGGGGAGAGAUUGAGGGGGAGAGCGGAGGUGCUAGAGGGUCUGAUGCAGAGUGAGGAAUCAGAAGCAGUCAGGGCGAAUGCAGAGGUGAUGCUGCUGCAGGGGAUAUUGGAAGAUUUGGAAGGUAUGGGUCGGUUUGGAAUGGUGAAGAUGGAAGGAGAAGGGGGGCUGAAGCAGGGGCUUGGUCAGGAAGAGCUGGUGAGGGAGUUGUCGCGGGUACGAGAGGAGGUUGAGGGGAAAGAGGAGGUGAUCCGGAGGCAAAAGGAGGAGUUGGAGAGGAGUCAACGGGAGUUGGAAGAGGUGACGGUGAAGCUGGGAGUGUGGGAGGACACGUGGGGGGCCUGGGAGACUCACCGGCAAGAGGUGCAGUAUCAAGGGGGAAGCUGGGGGUUGUUGGGGUUGGUGGAAGGGGAUUUGGUGGCAGUGCCGGGGAAGGGGAGGAGGGAGAGCUUUGAGCUUGCGAUUGGUGCGAUAGGAGCGAGGAUCUGGGAUGGGAGGGUGAAGGAGAGGGAGUUGGAAGGGGAGGAACGGAGGGUGGAGAGGGCGAGGAGGGUGGUGGAGGAGAGGAGGAGGGAGGUGGAGGAGAAGAGGGGGAAUGCGGAGAGGAGGAAGGAUGAGGAGCAAAGGGGGGAUGAGGAGAGGAGGGGGGAUGAGGAGUCGAGGGAGGAUGAAGAGGCGGGUGAUGAAGAUAUGCAGGGAGAGAAGGAUCAAGAUGAGAUUCCAUCAGGCUUGGAGGCUAUCGAAGCGGAGAGAAACGAUCAGGAGGAGGUGGAGGAAAUGGGGGAGAUGGGGGAGAUGGGGGAGAUGGGGGAGAUGGGGGAGAUGGGGGAGAUUACACCGGCGGUGAAGGCAGAGGGGGAAGGGCAGCAAGCGAAGAAGAGGAGGAGGCAGACGGAGGAUGAGAGGAGAAUGGAGGAGGAGCAGCUGAAGGCCUCGUGUGCAGCGCUGGAGGAGCAGGGGGCACAGAUGGAUGCUGAACUGGCAGGGUUUAGGGCGGAGAGGGAGAAGCAGAGGAGGGAGGUGGAGCAGAUGCGAGCAGUAAGGGAGGUUCUGGAGCGGGAGAGGUGGCUGCUGGAUCAGAGGGGGGAGUCUGGGGUGGAGGAGAAGGUGGAGAGGGAGAAGGAGAAUGGGGAGGAGGAAACGGGGAAAGGAGAGGAUGAGGGGGAAAGGAGGAACGAGGAGGAGAAGGGAGAUGGGGAAGGGCUUGGGUUUGAAGAAUGUGGGGAGGAGCAUGGGACGGGGAUUCUGUGUACUCCUGUUCGUGCUGCUGACGUGGAAACAGAUGGGGUGUCAGCAGUGAGCGUGCAGCAGCCAUAUGCCACCCCGGAUUUUGAGGCGUCUCAACAGCCACAUGCCACUCCAGUGCUCUUCUCGGCAUCUCGUAAACUGGGGAGAGGAAGGCAGGGUGGGAGAAUGAGCUUGCCUGCGCGUUUAGAUGGAAGUGUGGUGUGUGCUGCUAGCGGGUUGGAGAGUGGGAGAGAGGGAGCGGUGGGGAGUGGUGAUGAGUGGUGGAGCAGGAGGAUGGAGAGGGAGAGGGAGCGGGUAAGGGAGAUGGAGAGGAAGGAGGGCGAGGUGAAGCAGCUGGUGAAGCAGCUGGUGAAGCAGAUUGAAGUUCUUCAGAAGGAGCAAAUGCGGUCAGAGGCAGUGCUGCAUAGGAGCAUGGCGGACAAGUGCCUGCAGAAGAACCACACGCUCUCUCAGGAGAACGCCCACCUCAAGCAACAACUGGAGGGCGUGCAGCAGCAGCUGGAGAGGGUAGAGGGCGAGCUGGCGAGGCUGGUGGGGCAGCACAACCUGAAGCAGCGCAUUCACAUGUUCGACAAGGUCAAGGUGUGUUGGGGUGUGGAGGCUGGUGGGUUGGAUAACAGCACUCUGAGGGCGCAGAACGAGGAGCUAGGAGCAGCAGUGAAGCGCAUGGAGGGGCGGGUGAGACGGUUGGAGGCGGAGGUGGGGCGGCACAGGAAGAAGGCGGGGCAGGUGGAGAAGAUUGAUUAUGAUGAGGAGGCGAGGCUGCAACAAAGACUGGAGCACGAGAUCAAGGUGGGGAAGGCAGAGAAGAUUGAUUAUGAUGAGGAGGUGAGGUUACAGAAGCGACUGGAUGUGGGUGGUGGCGGUCUAACUGCUACCUCCCCCCCUCCACUCUGCCCCAAAAGAGCUGAAGACCCUCCCAAGCUGCCCAUUUGUGCUGACGUGGCACAGAAGCUGCUCACUGUCUGCCACGCUGUCCUCCAGAUCACUGAGGGUACAGCAAACGACCAUGCAGCUGUUUCGGAUGGGCGUGAUCCAGAGAAUGGCAGUGACAGCAGUGUGGGAGAGGGGUCGUUAGGUGCGGACCCAUCGGGCGCAGCCCUUGCAGCUCUGAACGCGCUCAAGUUUAGAAUCAAGGCUGCAGAGGAUGAGAUCAGCGACCUCAAGUUCCAGGCACGCAUGGCUGCAGAGAAGGCAGACCUGCGUGAGCUUCGAGAGAAGAAUGCCAUCGGUCACACGGCGCAAGUGCUCUCUCCUCCUCUUCCACCCCAGUUCUUGCCGAUGCUGGACUCCAUCCCUGCAUUGACGGAUGGGAAUGCACUAGCCACUGUUGGGGCACCUUGA